GGGAUCUUGAUUCAUUCAUAGUUACUCCCACCAUUUACCCCUAGAAGAUGAGGUGCGGUGUUUCAAUCCUUGGUAUAGAGAUGACGAGAACAAGGCUGAGGUGGAGGAGGAGAACAAAGGAACAGGUGAUGGAGGAGGACGAAGAAAAGGAGGCGGCGGCGAUGGAGGAGGAAGAAGAAGAGGAGGCGUGGGAAGCUAAGGACAAGGAUGAGGAAGAGGAGCAGACGAUAGAGGGAGAAAAGGAGCACGAGGAGGAAGAGGAGGAGGAGGAGGAGAAAGAGGUGAUGAAGGAGGAGGAAGAGAAGGAGAGUAGGAGGAGGAGGAGGAGGGAAGGAGGAAGAGUAGGAAGAGGAGACUCACCUUAGCGAUAGGUAGAGGAGCAGCUCCUGGCGAUGGCUCCAGCACUGGCAGAACAGCGGGGCAGC